AUGCAGAAAAAGCAAACGAUCGAAGCCCAAAACAAUCCAAAACCAAAUGCAGAAACAAAAGAAGCCAAAAGCAAGGGCAACGAAGCGGUUAUAGCCAUAGGGGAGCGAAUUAAGCAGUUGACAAGACAGUCGAAAAAAAGGGAGUGGGCCGCGCCGCCGUGGAUACAGCGGCAUAAAACGGAUGAGACCGCCGAAAGAAGGGUUUGGGGGAACGAGGCCGAGAUGGUGUUUAGGAAGAUGAACGAGAGUGGGGGUUUCUCCGUACAUUAUCAUACAUUGUUGUUUAGUUUAGAAUUUUUGGAAAGGUGGGGAAGCUGGAGAAAUUUUCCGAGAUUCUUGCCGAGAUGGAGGUCUGAUGGAAACUUUUCGAAUAUAAUGAGUUAUAAUGCAUUGCUGGAGGUGUAUGUGGUUCCGGUGGAAGUGGGGUAUUUUAAGAAUGUGAAGCCAAAUAUGGAGACUUACGAGUGGCAGGGAUUCUGGUUUGAAGAGGCCGUAAAGGCUUAUGUAGACUUGGAAAAGGUAGUUGACGAAAGUGGAGCGCAGUUUAUGGGAAAUUAA